AUGAACAAAUACUGGAUCCCCCACCUCGACAUCCACAAAAAGGUCAUCACCCAAGAGCUCCAAUAUUACCUAGGCCCCGAAGCAACGGUUCGACCAUUCACAAGAGACGGUGAAGAUGGAUUCCUCAUCACAACGCCAGGCCCCUGCUUGUCAGAUGAGCAAAUCGACGACAUCUGCGUCAAGUCGAAGGAGAUGUGGGAGAGGCAAGCCGCGAGCAGGGCUACGACCGCCACCGAGGCCGCAAAGCCCCUCAAGCGGCCAUUGCACCAGCCAGUGGUGAUUUCAAAAGCCAGCUCAAGCCGUCGAAGGCACGAGGACCCGCGGAGGGACUUUGGUCGAGGUUAUGAUGACCGCCGAUAA